AUGCGUGUCUCAACGGAGCCCCACUACAGCUUCACGAUACCCUCGGUCCACGACGAUACGACGCUUGAUUGCCGUAUAUACCACCCAGAUGUCCUCGACGAGCCAUUGGAUGGUAGCAACGGGCAGCAAUGGAGAAAACGGGGCAUUGUUAUGGCACACCCCUAUGCUCCGAUGGGCGGGAGCUACGAUGACCGAGUUGUAGGCAUCGUCGUUGACGAGCUCUUGAGGACCGGGUACAUAAUUGGUACCUUCAAUUUUCGGGGUGCUCAUGGCUCCAAACACAAAGGUCGUACAUCUUGGUCCGGUAGACCCGAAUUAGACGACUAUGCCUCGUUUGCUGCAUGCUUCAUGAUCUACAUGAACCUUAUACAGCCAUUUCCCUCCUCAGACGCAACCUUCACGCCUGACCAGUCACCUGUGCGCCCAGUAGCGCGUCAAUACGGCAACUCCUUAGUCAUCCUCGGCGGCUACUCCUACGGUUCUCUGAUUUUGAAACACCUUCCGAGCGUACCUUCGAUCCUACAACGCUUCUCGAACCCUUUAGCUGGCUCUGCGGCGGACGAGAUCUUGCAGAGGGCGCACAAGCUGGCGGACCAAAGCAACCUAGAGUGGAUUAACUUGGCUCACAACAACGAGCGAGAGAAGAGCAGGAAAAGGCACGAGCACAAGACGUCACUGACGAUUGGAGGAGAAGAGACAAAUUCCGGGGCGAGAAGAAGCAGCAGGGAGGCAAAGCGAAGCCUCGACCCCCCACGCGGCCUGGACCUGGGACAGCGCCUGAGAAGACUCAGCCAUCGAGACCGGAGGCCGGGAAACUCUAUUACGUCUCUCAAGCAGACCGAUGUUAUCAUCACAACCCCCGAAGUUCGCUAUCUCCUCAUCUCACCCCUGACACCCCCAAUAUCGACGCUUGCUGCGCCUGCUCUUGGUCAGAAGCUUUGGAGUCGUGCAAGUGACACAAACACAGCGAGCAUUGGGAAAUGCGCAUCUUUAGCAAUCUAUGGCGACCAAGACAUCUUCGCAUCGGCAAAGAAAAUUCGAGAUUGGUGCGGCCAAUUGAAAAACGAACACGGCUCAGCAUUCUCAAGUGUCGAGAUUGCAGGCGCAGGGCACUUCUGGGUAGAGCAGGGGGUUGAGAAACAGUUGAGGGCUGCGUUGAGAGGGUGGAUACUCGAGGGACUACAUGCUGAGGCACACGAUGUUUUUGAAGGUUCCUCGUAA